CAGGUGUCCACCAAGCACAUCACAACCUACAGUCUUAACGCUCUAUUUGAAAUGCCAGCGCGUAAUAGCCUGAGUCUCUUUUCUCGCCUUGCCCCACGCUCCAACCUCCCCUCUUUGCUGCACGGUACCUCUGCAUUCCACAACGUCCACUGCAACGUGACGCGUCCCUCUCAGCCAUUUUCUACCGUUGGAUCACAACGCAUCCCUCAUCUUUCAAAACAAGCGCGGGCAGCAGCAUUAAAGGAGGACUUGGCAGGAUGGGUUGACGUUAAAGGUGGCGAGAGGGAUGCAGUGGAGAAAACCUUUAUCUUCCACGAUUUCAACGAGGCCUGGGGUUUCAUGUCGCGUGUCGCGCUACUGGCGGAGCAACACAACCACCACCCGGAGUGGAGCAAUGUGUACAACAAAGUUCACGUCAUCUUGACCACUCACGACGCGGGAGGGGUCUCCCAGAAAGACGUGACGUUGGCGAAGGCAAUGGACACCUUUGUGAAAAAGGGAGAGGAGUAGGGCUCGAGAGAGGAUGGGAGGAGUGAUUUGAAGAGGUUUAAGAGGGGGAGAAAGCAGGGUGUACAAAUUUCCAACAUAUAGUCGGGCGAAGAAUACAAAAAUGAAGAGUUAAUCAGGAAAAAAUAGCAACCAAAAAUGUUGAGUACCAAUUCGAAGGGGUUUCAAUCCAG